AUGACGAACCAGUUGGAGAAUCUGGUGGAGUCGAUAAAGUCAAAAGUACGAGCCCUGAAGAAAAACUCAAAGAAGCCAUACAUAAAGAUGGACAAGAGCUCAAGUGUGAAGGUAGAGAUCCGCAGCAAAAAGGCUCGCAAGCUCAUCGACAAAACCCUCAAGGCUGCCGAUCGUCCUGGCAAGCGUCCCAUUCCUUGA